GCGUCUCUGCUUGGAACGGUGUUGCAAGAGUUGGGGAUCCGCAGCCUGAGAUGAUGGGCCUGGACACUCGCUCGCAGAAAGCCGUGUCGGGGUCCCUGGAACACGAGGGCGGGGCGGGGGUCUCCCCGCUGCCGCCCCCUCCCUAUGGCGGGGAAGGGGCCUUGGAGCUGCGGGGGUCUCUGGACUGCUGGGCUUGUGCUGUGCUAGUCACUGUCCAGAACCUGCUGGUCGGGGGCCUCAACGUCCUCUUCGUGGCCGUCAUAUUUGGGCUGAUCCUGCUCCCGGCCGGGGUGCUGCUGGGGUUCGGGUUCCUGUGCCAUUCCAAGUUCUUACACACCCAGGAGCCCUACUGCACGGCCCACCUGAACGACGCUUCCUCCGUGGCUCUCCUGGUGGUGGGCUUCACCCUCCUGGUGCCUCUCCUGGUCUUGGCGCUGGCUGCCUACUGCCGCCUGGCCCGCAGGCUCCAGCUGGGCUACUGCCUCGUCCCCUACAGCAAGGCCGUCUACAAGAACCUGCCCGCGUCCCACUACCACAGCUCCGGCUGCUGCUGCAGCCAGGAUUUCGAGCCAGUGGAGAAAGUCUGGGUUUGAGGAGGGAGUGGGGC